UGUAAUGAGUUGAUUAUGGGAGCGAGAAAUGGGCGGGACUUCCUGUGUUCGCUCAACCCUCUGUUUAUUUUUUUCCAGGCCAGAAAUUGUCCACAGAGGUCCCCUUUUUACAGAAUAUCUUACAUCAUGUUGGACCCCCUAGUGUUGAGAAGUUUCUUCCUAUGUUGCUUAUUAUUCCUACUGCUGGCAUCUCGCUCUCAGCAGGACGAGCAGAGCAAGCUGUUACUGGUGUCCUUUGAUGGCUUCCGGUGGGAUUAUGUGAACCGAGUGCCCACGCCAAAUUUUCGUGCCCUGAUGGAAGAAGGGGUACAGGUGGAGCAAGUGGAGAACACCUACAUCACUAAGACCUACCCUAACCACUACUCCUUAGUGACGGGAUUGCAUGCCGAAACCCACGGCAUUGUAGCCAACGAAAUGUAUGACCCCGUCCAUAACCGGUCAUUUUCCAUGGAGGGGCCAGAAAUGUAUGAUGCGUGGUGGUGGGAGGAGGCAGUGCCGUUGUGGGUGACCAAUCAGAAAGCCGGACGGAAAAGCGGGGCUGCCAUGUGGCCUGGAUCAGAUGUGGCGAUUGGUGGAACGUUCCCGACGCAUUACUUGAUUUAUAAUGCGUCAAUGCCCUUUGAGAGCCGGGUUGAGAAACUCAUCGACUGGUUCUUGGGACCAGAAGCUAUCAAUUUUGGUGUCUUGUACUGGGAGGAGCCGGAUGAGAGUGGCCAUAACUUGGGUCCAGAGAGCCCACUGAUGGAUGUAGUCAUAGCAGAUAUCGACGAGAAGCUGGGAUUCCUCAGGGAAAAGCUCAAAACAGCCGGUCUUUAUGAGAAGGUCAAUCUUAUUGUUACAAGCGAUCAUGGAAUGGCGCAGUUAUCACAUGAUAAGCUCAUUGAGCUGGACACCUAUGUUAGCCGCGAUCUUUACACGUGGAUAGACAAGAGCCCUGUAGUUGGCAUUUUGCCUAAAGAAGGCAAACUUGAAGAAGUCUACAGUUUAUUGAAGAACGCCAAUCCGAACAUGGUUGUGUAUAAAAAGGAGGAGAUUCCAGAUCACUAUCACUACAGACACAACGUCAGGAUAAUGCCUCUGAUAAUAGAAGUCAAAGAAGGAUGGACGGUCAUGCAAAACAGAAAUGGGUCUUUUAUGUUGGGAAACCAUGGUUACAACAACAGCCUUCGCAGCAUGCAACCUGUUUUUGUUGCCCGUGGACCGGCUUUCCGUUGCGACUACACCAAGGCCUCCAUGACGUCCAUCGACCUCUACCCUCUCAUGUGCAACAUUCUCGGCCUUAAGCCCUUGCCCAACAAUGGUUCUUUGUCAAACGUGCAAGACCUUUUAGUGGAGACAUCAACCCCAAAGCCAGCAGUACCACCCGUGCCCAAAGAGCCUUCUUACGCCUGGGCUAUGGGGUCUAUCCUUGGCUCCGCCCUCGUGGUCGGGUUCCUUUUUAUCUUUGUAAAGCAGGUGACACAGCGGCAGCUCCCACCUCUUCAUCUCUCCAACAGUGAGAUAACACAGCCCUUACUGUAGCACCUGUAAUAAAUAUGCAGCUUUUCUUAUUUUGACAUAAGGGUCACUUUUCUCAUUAAGAGGUUAUCAAACAUGUAGCACUGACCGGUUUCCAGUGCCACGAAUCCAAUUGUAGUCAGUAGUAUUCAGUCAGUAUUUAUGGUACCAUGCCAAAGUUGAAUAUACCAAAAGCAAUAUGGGGAAUGAUAAUACAAAUGGACAGUGGUAGCCCAAUCAAUGAAAUAAUAACUGACUGAACCAAUAGUGCCCUCUUCUGGCAAAAUUGUCAGUGAUAACUUGAUUCUUGUCAUCUAAAAACAAACUAUUGUUCAAGGAAAUAAAGAUGUUAGCAUCCCCAUGCUUUUCCUUUAAAUUUAAAAUGUUUAUUUAAUAGGAAAUGUAUUUGCUUUAUGCACUUGGAUUUGCAUUAAGUGAAUUUUUAUUAAGGUGGUGGGAUAAGAAACAGAAAUUUUAAGGGAGAUGAAAUAGUAGUAGUUGCUUUUAGAGUUUGUUGGUUUUCCUACUCAUUACUGUUUUCUUUGUUAAGUAGUUAAAUGCAAUUAUGUUGGCAGAUUGACAUAACUAAGUGUUAAUAAAAAGAAGCAGGUAGUUUUUCAAACUACCUCUGUGUUGCACUAUGAUAAAUGUAAGCUAAUCAGGAUAGAGAUGAGACUUGUAGGAUAUUUAGCUUAUCUGCAUUUUGCACAAUGUACUACCAUUCAUAAUUUCUAAAAAAAAAACAAAAGGUGUGCCAAAAUCUUCGUUUGUCAUGUUUAAAAUUUGCGUGGUAAUAGGAUAGGUUCUGCAUUAAUGUAUUUUGUACUUUUUGAAAAUGAUAUUUAACGAAAAGCCCUUUGUGGGGCAAAAACACUGUGAUCUGUCUUUUACUGGUGCAAAGACUUAAGCGAGAAAAAAAAAGCUAUUUGAUAUAAAUGUUGCUGAAGUAGUUUGUAGUUAGCUGCUUGCAGAAUUGUUUUUGUUAUAUUAAGGGACUUUCUAUAUGGAUGUGUGCAGAGAUUGUUGUGAUUUGCGUUUAAUGUCUAUGAUUUUACUGGAUUCGAUUUACAUGUUCUGGAUUUUAUGGCCUAAUGUUUGAUUUUGCCCUGUCUGAGUCUUGUAAGCGAUACAUAAAAAAUAAAUAAACAGGUGGUUUGACUGCA